AUGGAAUUAGAGAUAGACCCAAACACUGUGGUUGCUAAGCUGAUGGAAGAGAAAAAUUCACUACUCAAUGAGCUUGAAUUAAUGACGGAAAAAUAUGAGCAAAGAGGCUUCAAGAUUUCAAAGCUGGAAAAAAUGUAUUUGAGAGUCGCCAGUAGAAGAGGAUUCAAUGUGGAAGACUUAGUAAGCAAAGAAAUCCAAACAAUAGAAAUUGCAUAUAAAAAGCUAUUAGAUGAAGAAAUCCAAACACAAGUAUCCCAAGCGAGUGUAGCAUCCCAAAUUCGUGUAAAAGGAGUUGAUUCAUCUACCCAAAAUUGUAGCCCCUCAGAAUCGAGUUUUACCCAAACAGAAGUUUCCAGCUCAAAAUCUAAGUCACAAACAGACUUUUCUAUUUUCAACCUGAAAGAAAAGUCCAUCCAAGUGCGUCCAAAAGCCACUGAAAAAGGCACUCAAUGUAUAGAAGAGCUAAAAAUGGAAGCUCUUAGUCAUCAAAAAUUCAUAAAACUUCAGGCUGAAAAAGAAAUUCAAGCAGCUUCAAUAAUUUCAAAUAAAGAAAAUUUUAGCCAAACUGAGAUAAAAAUUUUAACUGAUAAAAAUACUCAAAUUCAAACACCAAAAUCUGAAGCAGAAAUUCAAACAAAAAUAGAAUCUGCAGAAAAAUCUUCACAAGUUAUCGUUCAUAAUGAAAUUCAUAGACAAUCACAGCUGGGAUGCCAAGGAAAUAAUAGCAAAUAUGAAUUUCUUAAUAAAAAGAUGAAUAUGAAAAGGGUUUUAGAAGGGAAAAUCGAAGAGUUGAAAGAUGACCAGAAAAAAAUCUCAGAAUUAGUCAAAGAGCAGUUUGAUCAGUUAAAAGAGUUUGCAACAGCAGAAGUAGCAAAUUUCAAGCCAAAAAGCAUCGAAAUUUUGACAGAAGCAUUAGAAAGUAAUAAACCUUCAAUAAAGAUCAAUAAAAAUAUGAAUUCAAAACCACAGCAAAAACUCAGAUCUGUAAGAAUAAGAAAAGACUUAGAAACACCAGAAAAAGAAGAAAUUGUCGAAGAGUCGCAAUUAAAUCUUGCUAUGCCACUAGUGUCACCAGCUAUGAGUUCUUGUCGGUCAACCGCACGCUCUUUAGAAUCUGAUCAAGAAUUUGAGUAUAUCCCAAACUUCGCAAGUUUUCACCUACCAAAGAUUGAGCGCCGAAAUGCGCUUCAUCAAACCAUCAGAGCAAUCAAAAAAACUCCUCCUCCUCCCCCUGAGAAUCAACCCAAAUCUUUUGGAGCCAAAAUCAAAGGAAUUUUUUCAUCAAAAUCUGCAUCUACCGAUCCUCCACCCAAAGAAAUGAAAUUGGGGAAUUCUGGUGGAUUUUACUAUGAUAAAGUUAAAAAAAAGUGGGUAAUAGAAGGCCAAGAGGACGCAAAAGAGGAAGAAAUAUUGCUCCCACCCAAAGAAUUCACAAAACCAGCAGAGCCAAGGAAAAGGUCUAAUUAUGUCGACACUCUAGGACAAUCUUCAUAUAGUGAAAUGAAUUAUAAGCCAGCUAAUAUUGAAGAGCCUAUAGAAGAAUUCAGAAAAAAAGACGAAGAAAGCUCAGCAAUCGCUUUUAAUGAAAAUUAUGAAAAUCUAGAAGAAGAAGAAGACAAAAUUGAGCCAAUAAAAGAUGAUUCUAUGAUAGAGCCAAUUAAAGAAGCAGUAUCUAUUGGUGAAGAAGAGCUAAUUCAUGUAGAAGCAGCUUUUAAUGAAAAUAAAAAUGAAAAUAAUCCAGUUGAAUAUAAAGAAGCCGAAAGCUUUGAGAUUCCUCAACCAGAGGAAACUCAAAAAAAUAGUAAACUUGAAGAGAUUAAAGCUAAUGAAACGAAUACAGAACUUAAAGCAGCCUUAAGACAGCUUACCCAGCAAAGCGAAGAUCAAAUUGAAGAGCUGAAAGAAGUAAACGAAGAGCUUUAUAAGCAGGUUUCUUAUUUAAAUGACCUGAGAGCUAAAAAUGAAUUAAAAAUUCAAGAACUGGAAUGGGACCUUAAAAUUGAAGCAGAAAGCAGAGCUGCUUUAAAAGAAGAAAUAAUAAAUAUGCAGAAAGCAUUAAUUUCAGUUAACCAUGAAAAUACAAUUUUGAGGUCAGCUAGCGUAGGAAAUCCAUCAGAAGCUGAUACAUGUGAUCUUCAGCUUCAAGCAGCAAAGUUAGAAAAUGAAAAACUUUCUUUGCAAUCUUAUAUUGGCACAAAAGACUUAGAAUUAGCAGAAUUUAGAGAAACAAUACAAGAACUUGAUAUUCAAAAAUCAGCAUUAUUAAAACAACUUGACAGAUUUAGGCAUGAGCAAGAGCUUGAUAAGCAGUAUUUUAACGAAGAGAGACAAAGACUGCAGCAAACUAUUUCUUCUAAUAGAAAUCAAAUAAAACAGUUCAAAGACCAAUGCCGAGAAAACAAUGAAGAGUUAGAAAGGCUAAAGGGGAUUGUAGAGGAGCAAGAAAUGAAAAUCGGAAUUUUAAGUAAAGCCAAAAGCAAGGCUGAUGUCGACUUAAAAAAAUCGAUUUUUGAGCAGAGACAAGCAGAAGAAGAUUAUGAGCACGCCUUAUCGCAAAUUAAAAAUUUAGAAGCUAAUAGAAGAGCACUAGAGGACGAAAUUCAUAACUUGAAAAUGCAAAUGCUGAGUGAGCCUAAAGAGGAUGCUAUGAUAGAACUUCAAGCUCAACUGCAGCAAGCAGAAACGGAAAAACUUAGGCUUCAUACCUAUCUUAUUGAAGAAAAGAGAGAAGGGCAUAAACAAAAGGAACAGAUUUAUAAACUGCAGAUUGAGUUAAGAGAAGCAAAUGAGCAUAUUGAGAACAUUAAAAACGAAAUUCACUUAAUCGAACAUGAAAAUAGUGAAAAAGCAGAAAGAGAAAAGGCAGAAUUUGAAAACACAACAAAAAAUUAUCAUGAAGAAAUCAAAAAUUAUAUAAAUAAAAUUGCUAGCUAUAAGGAAGAAAAUGAAAUUGUUAAUAGAAAAUUAGAAGAAGCAAAAAUAAUGGAGAAAAAAAAUUUAGCUGAUUUGGCUGAAGCAGGUGUGAGAGAAAAUAAAUUACAAAAAACCAUUGAUGAGGUUUCAAAAAAUUUAGAAGAAGCAAAAAUUAUAGAGAAAAAAUAUUCAGCAGAGCUGACAGAGGCAAAUAUUAAGGAAACAAAAUUACAAAAAGCAGUUGAUGAGAUUUCAAAGAAAUUUGAAGAAAGUGAAAAGAAAAAUAAAAAUUUCAAAGAUGCUAUAAAUUCAUUAGAAAGAGAAAGGGCAGAGCUAGAAAGUGAAAUUAGCUUAAAAGAUAAACAAAUUUCAGAUUUAUUACGCAAAUCAGAUGAAGAAAAUAAAAAUUAUAUUUCAAUAAUUUCACAAAAAGAUAAAGAGCUAAAUGAAAAAGAUUUGAAUUUACUCCUUUCCUUGGUUAGCAGACUAAAUUUUUCUGCUUGCUAAACAAGGAAGGUUAAUUUUUUCAAAAUUUUAUUAGAAUGUCAAAAAAAAAUUUAGCAUGUCAUUGCAUAUAAAUUGAGUUAUGACAUCUUAAAUUUUUUUUUUGACAUUUUAAAAAUCAUUUCACUUAUGAAAGCAAAAAGAAUUUAUUCAAAGGAUUAUAUUAAGAUUAUAAUGUAUUUUAAAUUAUCAGAUUUAAUUUAUAAAAUUUAUUUUUUUAAGAAAUAAAAAUUAUUAUAAUUAGCUAGAGAUAUCAUUAACAAAAUCGUUAAAAAUAUAGAUUAUGCAUUUGAAUUAGUUCAUUUUUCCAGAAAUAGGAUUUUUCUAAUGGUUUUGCUCUCUAGCUAAUGGGAGAGAGAAGUUAGAAAUCAUUGAAAGCUCUAAAAAUGAGUUAGAAAACAAAAUAAAUAAUCUAUCAGAAAAACUAGAAAAAUUAACCUCAGAAAACAAGAUUCUUGUGACACAAAUUAACGAUAAAAAUAAAGAAAUUUUUGAGCUAAAAAAUAUAAAAGAAGAUUAUGAAAAACUCAAUCAAAAUUACCAAAAAAUUAAUGUCGAUUAUAUUGAAAUCCAGCAAAGUAUAGUAGAUAGAGAUGAAAGAAUUCUAUUAUUGCAGUCAGAAAUAAAGCUUUUUGAAGAAAAAGUAGAUAUUCUUGAAGCGCAAAAUAGCACACAAGAAGAAAACUUAAAGAAUUUGCAAGAAAACCAAUCAGAUACAGUAAGAAAUUAUCAAAGUCAAAUAAUCUCUUAUGAAACUGAAAUAGAAAAUUAUCAAAAAGACCUUGAAACUCUUAAACAAAAUAUCCAAAAAGAAAAAGAUGAGCUACAUGAUGAAUUAAAAGGCCUCGAAAGUGAACUUGAUGCAAAAAUUGAAGAAAACUCUGAUCUGCAGCUGAAAAAUGAAAAUUUAGCUGAUUAUAUACAAAGAAAUAAUGAAAAUAAUCAAGCAGAGUUAGCUAGCAUACAAUCAAAAUACGAAGGGGAAAUAGAAAAAUUAACAAACCAAAUUAAUUCUGAUAGGAAGGAGUUAGAAGAUAUUAAAGCCCACUAUGAACAAAUCCUUAUAAAUGAAAGAAAAAAAUUUGAGAUAGAAAUUGAAAUAUAUAAAACUGAAGCAUCUGAAAAUAAGCAAUACUAUGAAGACACAGUCACUGCGUUUGAAGAACAUAAAGAAAACACUGCAAGCCAAGAAGACUAUUUAUUAGAGCUGCAGAACAGUAUAUCAGAAAAGGAAUCAGAAAUAGAUGAAAUAAAAAACAUUUUGCUUGACAAAAAUCAAAGAAUUCUUAUGUUAGAGCAAGAACUUAAAAAUGAAAAAAUUGCUAACUCCUCUCCCUAAUUAGCGAGAUAAACCAUUGGUAAAAUCUCUAUUUAUGACUUAAUCAUUAUAAUAAUGAAAUCUCUAGCUAAAUAUAUUAUAUUUAAAUAUUAGCAUUCUUAAACAUAAUUUUAUUCCUAAUUUUUCAUUUUAAAUAUUUACAAAUUUUUAUUUUUAAAAAAAAAAUUAAAUCUUUUCAACUAAAAUGCUUCAAUAAUAAAGAGGAGAUAUAAGAUGAAUCUACAGCAAGAAAUUCAAGAAUUUUCAGAUAAAAAAGAAAAAAAUGAUGACCAUUUAAUCAAUGAAAAUGUGCAGCUUAAAAGCCAAUUGCAACGAUUAGAAAAUGAAAUCGGAAAAUCAAUAGCUGAAAAUAAAGAAAUCAAGCAAAACUUAUUAGCUUUGUCUGAGGAAAAGUCUAAAUUGAAACAAGAAAUGUCACUCUUAGAACAAAAAUUAGCCCUGAAGAAAGCUCAUAAAAGAGAAAUAAAUAACAAAGUAAACGAAUUAGAAGGAAAAAUAGAAGAUCUCCAAUAUCAAAUUCAACAAAAAGACUACGAACUCUCAAAAUCUUAUGAAGAAAUCAACAAUCUUUCUGAAAAACAAAUAAACAAAGAAGAAAAUGACACACUGCAGAGCGAAAAAUAUGAGCUUGAAGCUAAGAUUAAAGAACUCGAAGAAGAUAAAGAAAUUUUACAUGAAAAAAUAGCAAAUCUCAACGCAGAAAUUGAAGCUUUAUUCGAUAAAAUAAGAGAAAACCAAAAUGAUAAUCGCACAAACCUCGAAAACCAAAAAUCCUAUUAUGAAAAAUUGUUAUUGGAAACAAAAUCAUAUGAUCUUGAGAAAAGAUUGAAAGAAAAAGACGAAGAAAUUGCAGUAAUCAAAGAACAAUUCCAAAACCUCAUACAAGAAAUGGCGACUGGAAUAAAGCAUAAGACUGAAGAAAAAGCUCUAGAAGAACCUAUAGUGGAGUCUGAGCAGCAGGGAGGGUGGUUUUCUUCAGUCAUUGGCUCUAUUUUCUUGACAGACCGUGAAAGAGGCUAUUAA